AUCUUACCGUCACAGACAGUGGCCCGAUAACUUGAUAACCCGUGUCAUUGAUGGUGACUCGAUAUGUCAGCAGCACGACUAUAAGGGACAGCAUCUAACAGCUGGGUGACACUGGAACAGGACCAAGUUGCAUUGUACCUACACCAGUGAUGAAUCCCCGCCUCGCGCUGACUCUGGUCGUUCUGUGUUUCCUGGGCACCGCGACCGUGGAGGCGUACGACUGUUCCGCAGCGCCUGUUCGCCGUACCUGCACGUCCAACAGUGACAAGAAGCGGAUAUUCUUUAACACCACCUCCCAGAAAUGUGACACUUUCGACUGGCGCACCUGUACCACAGAAGACAACAGUUUCUCUGAUUGGGACUCCUGCACACAUGCAUGUGUCUGCCCCCUUCCUCCAGCUUCCACGCCGUGCGUUUCCGGCCCCGGCGUCUACCACGGAAACUACUUCUUCAACACAGACUCCAACAAAUGUGCGACGUUCCCUGCAGGACACCAAGGCUGUAGCCAAAACCAGAACGCCUUCGAAAGUGAAAGUAGCUGCAAGAUGUCAUGUGUCUGCAACAUGCCACGUGCUUCUGGCUCCUGCAGUGGCAAAGACAAAGCCUACUACUUCAAUGGAGCAAGCAAGCGAUGUGAGGAGUUCACGUACAGUGGGUGUGGCGGGAAUGCGAACAGGUUCGCCAGCAAGGAGGAGUGUAAGGAGCAGUGCCUGUGCGGCCUGCCCCCUCGUACAGGGAGCUUCUCGUGCAUGGCCUACAUGCCGAGUGUGUUCUACAACAAGACGUCAAAGAGGUGCGAGAAUUUUAUCUACGGGGGAUGCGCGGGGACAAGCAACCGCUUCUAUUCCGUUGAGGACUGCAAUGCUGCAUGUCCCUGAACAACGGAAAACAGAACUCUGAUGAACAGUUUGUCAAUGUCAACGUCCUUAUCAAUUCAAUGUCCCAUGUCCCUGAACAAUGGAAAACAGAACUCUGAUUUAUAGUUUGUCGAUGUCAACGUCCUUAUCAGUUCAAUGUCGCAUGUCCCUGAACAAUGGAAAACAGAACUCUGAUUUAUAGUUUGUCGAUGUCAAUGUCCUUAUCAAUUCAAUGUUGCAUGUCAUUGAAAUAACCCAGAACUCUGAUGAAUAGUUUAUUAGUGUCAAUGUCCUUAUCAAUUCAAUGUUGCAUGUCAUUGAAGUAAAUUCGAUGCAUGGUAUCUCGAUGUAAGUUUAUGAAUGGAAACGUUUUGACGCAUCAGUGGCAAAAAUGAUGUCGAUUGCAAUUCCCUAUUGACUUGUACCAUAUAUUCUCGUGUUGUUUUAGGUGAAUAAUUGACUUGCCUUUGCAUGUCUUUUUGGUCCUAAUUGACAGCCCUUAUUGUCAGCCCUUAAUGUCAAUACAAUGUUGAAUGUCAUAAACAUGAUCUUGAACCAGUAGUCUGUCAGUGGUAUAUUUGCAAAUGUACACGUGAUUUUGUGUUUUCUAUCUCUGUUCAAUGUUGCAUGUCACUAAAAUACACUCUUUGCAAUUGUU